CGUGUCGCUUUCUGCUUCUCUGCUUGGGCUGGAUCCGACUGCCUUGGUGUGUGGUGAUUCUUGUUGGUACCUUUGGGGCCAAAGGUGCCGCGCUCUCUGCUUUUGGAGGUUCCUUUGCCUUCUGAACGCUUCGCACCCCCUGCUCUUUGUCGUUGCAUGUGCAUAUAGUUGCCUGUGAGCUGCCGCCAACGCCAAUACCCUUGAUGAGUGGAGAGACCACGGGGCGAGACCUCUCACCCUCGUCUGUUCCCGAGUCCGCGGGCAAAGCACCCAUGCCUUCUCCAGAACCCGCCGAUUCAACCGGCCCUGAGUCGCCUCCCGACCUGCCCACCACUGAUGGGGCUGAGACUCAAGAAGCAAACGCCGGCGCAUCUUCCCAGCAGGCUUCCUCGUCCGCUGCACCGGAUUCGAAAUCCCCAGAGGCCACUGGGGGCUCCGGUACACUUAAGAAACGCCAUCUUUCGAUCCCAAUCCCGUCGCGAAUGUCCUCGAAGGCGGAUAAACAAUCGACCAUAGAGAAGACCGAAGAACCGACGCAGGGGACAUCCUCUCGGAGAGGAUCCAAAGUGAGCAUGUUGAGAGGUAGAAAGGAGCGGAGUCGUGCGAGUAGUCAGCGGUCGCAGCGGACGCAGGAUGUGGCAAAUGUCGAGAAGGCACAGGACACGAACACGCCGAGCACAACUGAGAUGAACGGGUCCUCAAAGCCUCAGCAGAAGAAGAGCUCCAAGCUUCUUUCUUUCCUCAGUUGCUGUUCUUCGUCGGAUGUCGAUACGGACGACUCGGCCCUGCCCCCUAAAAGGACCACCAUGCGACCCCCCGCCUCAAACCGACUACCAACUUCCGAUAAAGCAGAAGCCCAUGCUGGUGACUCUAGCACGGCGGAAUCCAGGGACCCGACUUACUUGGACGAGAAAGCGAACAUGCCAGUGACCGCGGAUCAGCCUCACCCUCAGGAAGAGGAGCGUACCGCUGCCGCCGAGGCGCAAGGCGAGGGGACUUCCGCAGCAGUUGGUUCCUCUGACGCCCCACCGACGAGCUCGAAAGAACGCGAAGGAGCAGGUGUGAUUGCGAAUGGUGUAAUACCUGAAUCGACGACGGAGGAGACCCACCGAACCGAUGAGAAAGCCGCGGCGACAGAAGAAUCCGCAGCAACUGAGCCGACUUCGGAGAAGGCCAAGGCUGUGGAGAGUCAAGAGACCUCACACCAAGAGGAUGUCGUGCAAGCUCCGGCCGUGUUGCCUCCUCCCCCGCCGCCGCCUGCUCUUGAGAUCCCCAGCGAUGCGGGAGAACAGCAAUGGCUGCUUCCGCCGCCUUUGCCUCACAUGCAGGACCGGAAAUGCUUGGUCCUGGAUCUCGACGAAACACUCGUACACAGUAGCUUCAAGGUCCUUGAGCGUGCCGAUUUCACCAUCCCAGUGGAGAUUGAAGGACAGUAUCAUAACAUCUAUGUCAUCAAGCGGCCUGGUGUGGAUCAGUUCAUGAAGAGAGUUGGCGAGCUGUAUGAGGUUGUGGUGUUUACCGCAUCAGUUUCCAAGUACGGUGACCCUUUGCUCGACCAACUGGAUAUUCAUAACGUUGUCCAUCACCGCUUAUUCCGAGAGAGCUGUUACAACCACCAGGGGAACUACGUCAAGGACCUUUCGCAAGUUGGCCGUGACCUUCGGGAAACCAUCAUCAUUGACAACUCCCCGACCUCCUACAUCUUCCACCCUCAACACGCGAUACCUAUCAGCAGCUGGUUCUCUGACGCACACGACAACGAACUCUUGGACCUCAUUCCUGUUCUCGAGGAUCUUGCUGGGGCGCAAGUCCAAGAUGUCAGCAUGGUCCUAGACAUCACAUUGUGAAUGUCUCCUCCGGAUCUUCCUUACGCCUGAGAUUCCCCCAGAUUCCCCUUUGAGCGAGUCCUUUCUUUUGUGUUUUUGGUGCGAGAAAAAGCUUCUUCCUUUCCAGCAUUUCCCC